AUGGAAGAACCUCUGGCGGUCAUGGUGGGAAGCCCCUCCCAGCCACCACCGUCGCGCGGCGCCAAAAAGCAAAAGCGACGCAAAGUCCGCGUUCGCCGUGGUGGAAGUGUCCGCGGUGGAGGCUGCAAAGGCAUUCACGUGGAAUUCACCGCUCUCACGUGGCAAUCACUGCCUGCAGAUCCCAUCGCAACGCCUGAAGCGCUCACCUCCCUUCCGCCGCCAGAGGCUUCGAAGGGCAGGAAGAGCUCCUUGGCUUUGGUGGCGCAUCAGUUGGAGAAGGAAAACGGUGCAGAAGCCAACAGAUGUGGAUGGUCUAGGGCGCAAGUGGUGCUUCUGCUGUACACUUUGGUGCGAAUCGUGGCUAAUGUGUGCGUAGUUCAAACUGCAUACCCUUGGAUUGAUGAGCCAGUCAUCAUCUCUGAGAGCCUUCUACUGUAUGUGGAUGCAGUGGCGAGACCUUUGUUCAGCGGGCUUGGAGUCUAUUGCUUUCUGCGAAAGAACACGCGCUUUUCCGAGAACCUCGGACUCCACCGUUGGAGCAGAAGGACCGUUUUUUGCAUGGCUUUCUGCAUUGCUGACCGAAGUUUCACAUUCGGCAUUCAGAGACUGGAUAUCAAUGAUGUGAGUUUGAUGAGUCUCAUGACAGCGUCCGGGCCAUGUUGGGUGUUUGCUUGCAACGCCUUGCAGUUGUACAUCACGAACCUCAAAUUGCAGGUGUUAGGUUGGCACUUCACAACCAGGAUCUGCAAAGUGGUCCUCGUCAUGUCAGUUGGUACCUUGAUAUACGAAAUCCUGUCCUAUUUUCAUUAUGUUGACCAUGCUUUUCCCGGCCCUUGGCCAUUCUUUUCCUUCGUGAUUACUGUUGCUGGAAUGUUGUUCGUGCAGUGCAUGGCCCUGUGCUGGGCAGCCACAAGGGCAUUGCUCCAGGGGGGAGGUGAUGAAACCAUCAGAUGCUCGGCCUACUGUUUGUACGUGAACGGAGUCCUGGCGAUUGCGGGGCCGCUUUUGGGCUACUUUUCUGCGGUGGCCAUGUGGACAAAUUUUCUUGGUCGUCGUGUCGUUUUAUUCAACGGUCUUUUCGUACUUCCCCAGCUUCCCAUGGUGGUUGUGAGCCUUGAUGUGGGGCUCCAAGUGCUUGGAACCCUUUUGCUCACUGGCAUGAUUGGGCCGAAAGGUUGGGAACGGCCGAUGGAGGCGUUUCGAAAGCUGGCGCACUUAUCGGGUUUUGGACUGGCAUCACCGCGAAUCGCCUGGAAAGGCCAGAUCAAUGCACAAGCCACAGAGUGCAUUGUAUCUUUUCCUGGCAAGUACAGCGCUGAGUGGGACAGAGCUGUAGAGAGCGUUCAGAAGGAGCAGACGUGUUCCUUAGCUUGCGUUUUCCUGACAGACCGUGAUUCCGGUUUGGGUCGCCACAGUGGCAACCCUGAUACACCUGGGCACUGUUGGUGUCGGACUAUUUACGGGGUUUUGCCGGCUCAAACGUAUUUGAGCGUGGUGGAUAUGAAAGACGGCAGUGAUGGACCUAUGACCGAAGAGAACUUGGCCUCCCGCAAGGCGGAUGCAGAUGCCAUGGGGCAGGUGUUGGUGAUCAAGGAUGACCAACCGGAGAUGGAAUGGGAGGCCGAGCUGUCACACGCCUUGAACGAUGCCAAGGUCAGAUGCCACAACAAUCAAGGAAAAGCCCCCUGGGGAUGUCAAUGGUUUGAGGAGUGGAGGGUGAAUGUAGAUGCAGCUGUGAAAAGAGAGCAGACGCUUCACGUCUUUUACUUUCAAGGUAAAGUGGGCUGUGGCAAACUGCAGUGGGAGAAGUUGUGCGACGCAAAGGCGAAGGAAGAAGCUCGGAAGAACACUGGCCUCGGUGCGUCGCAAACGGCCGAAGUGGCCUACUUGGAGAAAAUGGGUUGGACGUAUGAGGAGCACGACAUCAGAGAGUUCGAGGACUUUUUGCAGAAGUCAGCACCAGCACCGUGA